AUGAAACAGAUGGCGAGGUCUCCUUGUGAAAAAGUCAAUGUCAAAAGGGGUGUGUGGACUACAGAAGAAGAUACAAAGAAACUCGCAGGCUCCAGGCAUGGAUCUGGACUCAAAAGGUGUGGAAAGAGUUGUAGGCUUAGGUGGAGUAACUGCCUCAGGCCUGAUCUUAAGCUCGACAAUUUCACAGUCCAAGAAGAAGAUCUAAUCAUUAAGCUUCAUGCAGCCAUAGGUAGCAGGUGGUCUAUAAUAGCCCAGCAACUUCCUGGGAAAACAGACAAUGAUGUAAAGAUCUACUGGAACACAAAGCUGAAAAAGAAGCUCUCUCAAAUGGGGAUUGACCAUGUUACCCACAAGCCCUUUUCUAGACUCAUUGCUGACUAUGGAAACAUUGGGGGUUGCCAGAAACCAACUAACCGAAUAGGGUCUAUCAAUAAAGACUUCAAGAGUGCAAUGAUGCUAAAAUCCGAACCCCAUCAAACCAUGCCACAAGGAUUUACAAACAUCAAUGACCAACAAAAGCUACCACCCCAAAUGGAAACCACUGGAAAUAACUUUUUAUUCAAUAGAACUCAUGGUGAUAACCUCUCAAUGGAUCUUGCUCGGUUCCAAUCCAUCCCAAUGGUGUCAGGUGCCUCAAAUUGCAUAGACUUUGAGAAUGAGACCAUCCAGGUAUCUGUGUUUGGGGAAGAUCGUUUGUCAAAAACUUCAUCACCAUCUACUCCUUCUACUUGUUCCACUUCAGCUUUUACUUGGAAUGACUUCCUUCUAGAAGAUGCUUGUACACCACUUGAUUAUCAGGAGCAAGACAUCAUGGUUUCAAAGGGCUUGCUGAGCCAAAUAGAGAAUGUGGUGACUAGACAGAGUUGGAAUAAGAAAGAGGUUAAGUCACAACAUCAAGCCUCAAGUAGUGACUUCAAAUUUUCAUCAUCCUCUGACAUUUCAUUCAUAGAAGCCAUGCUUGAUCAAGAAAAUGAGAUGUUUCUAAGUUUUCCACACCUUAUGGAGGAACCAUCCAACUUGAGUUAA